ACUGCGUCAAAUUGACGUCGGUUUCAAUCUCCGCUGGUAUAAAUUCCGCUGUUGUGGAAGGGCUGCCAAAUGCGGAACAGACCACUAAUUCACAUCGAGAUACUUAAUUGACACCUCGCAUAAUCACACAACUCAUACACCAUGGCCACCACGUUUAAGCUCAACACCGGCGCAGAGAUCCCUGCCGUCGGAUUCGGUACCUGGCAGGACGCGGACGCUCAGGAGAAUGCCGUCCUCGAAGCCAUCAAGGCCGGUUACCGCCACAUCGAUACUGCCAGAGUCUACGGCACCGAGAAGGCCGUCGGCCAAGCCAUCAAGAAGAGCGGCGUGCCCCGUGAAGAGCUGUUCGUCACCACCAAGCUCUGGAACAACAAGCACCACCCCGACGAUGUCCCCCAGGCCCUUCAGGACUCGCUCAAUGACCUGCAGCUCGACUACAUUGACCUCUUCCUGAUUCACUGGCCCGUUGCUUGGAAGCGUGGUGACGAGCUGUUCCCCAAGGAGAAUGACAAGCCGGUCGUGGAGGACAUUGACUACGUUGACACCUACAAAGCCAUGGAGAAGCUUCUAUCCACCGGCAAGGUCAAGGCCAUCGGUGUCUCCAACUUCUCCAAGGCCGAGAUGGAGCGUUUGCUUAAGGAGACCGACGUUGUCCCCGCCGCCCACCAGCUCGAAAGCCACCCCUGGCUGCAGCAGCCUGACUUUGUCGAAUGGCACAAGUCCAAGGGCAUCCACGUCACCCACUACUCGCCAUUCGGUAACCAGAACGAGCAGUACUCCAAGGAGGGAACCAUUGGCAAGUUGAUCGAGGACCCCGUUCUGAAUGACAUUGGCAAGAAGUACAACAAGAGCGGUGCUCAAGUCGCCCUGGCCUGGGGUAUCACACAGGGCCAUUCCGUCCUCCCCAAGUCUAAGACCCCGUCCAGAAUCAAGGCCAACCUGGAGGGAGACUUCAAACUGAGCGACGAAGACAUGCAGAAGAUCAGAGGUAUCGACCGCAAGCUCCGCUUCAACGACAGCAGCGACAGUUUCGGCAAGGAUUUUUUCAGCGACCUGGAUGGAAAGAAAUAAAAUAUUCGGCGCCAGAAUAAUAUUCCCUGAAAAGUCACAAGCGCUUGAAUGUGUGCGCCGUGUGACAAGAUCACGCCCGAUCAAAAGGAGCCCGGGCAUGCUAUGUGAUAUAAUGUCAUGGAUACGAG